ACAGACACAUCAGCAGCUAGUCACACACCAGGAAAACCCAGAGAUUCAACCUCCUCUCAGAUCAUUUCAGCAUUGUUUUUUGCUGGAGUUUUUAUUCAGGAUGUUUGGCAGGACUCUUUUGCUCAUCUGUAUUGCUGUUUUCUUCUGUGCAGAUGCUGAGGAUAAAUCCAGGCUCUACAGGAGGCCCUCCUGUGUGGGGAUGAGCGUGACUCAAGCGUGUCCUCUGAACUACUCUCCGGUGUGUGGCAGUAAUGGCAUCACUUACCCCAACGAAUGUUCUCUCUGUGUCCACAGACUGGAGAAAAAUGCUGACAUUUUGAUUGUGAAGGACGGGCCCUGCUGAGGAUGACAUCAUCAUCUCACUUGUCACUGACUGAUGAAGUCAUCAGACUCCUAUGUAACCGAUGACAUCAUCACACGCAUCUUUGACUUUUGUUUGAAUGUAGCUGUUAGCGUGUAGCGCACGCACACAAAAACAUGCAAAUACACAAACACACUCAUGACUGCAGCCAUAUAAUU